AUGAAUUAAAGAAAAAACAAUUUAAAUCUUAUAAUAGCAUCAGUAGUAAUAAUACUUGGAUGCAGUUAAGCUUUUGCUUCUAAAGUUACUAUACCCUUGAAGUAGAACAAAGACGGAGCUAUUUUCUUUCCAGUAUAGUAUGGAUCUUAAAAAUGUGAAGUCAAUGUCUUUCCUGUAUUUAAUCAAGACUGCUAUAACAUUAUUUCUAGUUCUUCACACUAAACUAACCUCUGUGGAGCUUAAUAUAUAGGCGUUGAUAGUUAUACUAAUUAACCUAACUACUCUACUGAAUUUUAAUUAGGUAAUGUUAAGGCAAAUCUAUUAUUUGUUAGCCCCGACAAUGAAUAGAUAGAAAAAAGAUAACUUUGCUUUUCUUAUUAGCAGUUUAAAUAAGACAAUGUUAUUGUUGAAUUAUUUGAAGACAAACUUAUUUAGAAUCAAAUAACGUAUAUUAACUUAAAUAGUACAACUUUGUAAAAUGUUGGAGAUGAUAUGAUUGUUGGAAGUCUUGAAAUAGGAGAGCCAGAUGCAUCUUUGAUUAAAUAAGAUUAUUCUUUUGUUGAAUUGGCAGUCUACACUAUUCCUGAUAAACAAUUUUACAGUUCUUAUUGCAGAGGCGCUGUCUAUUCAGGCUAUCCACUAGGAGCUCACGUUUAUGCACAUUUUAACAUAGAUUCUCCAUUCACUUAACUUCCAAGUGAAUCUGUAAAUCAAAUCCUUAAAAUAUUCGACUAAGAUAAUAUUAAAUACAGAGUUAUAUAAGUUGCAACUUCUAAGCACGCUGAUAUUGUUUUAUCAUCUGUUGAUAAAUUAUAACCUCUAUAUAUCUACCUCUAACGUAGGUAUGGAAAGAUUUACACAAUUACCCUAUAACCUUAUUAACUUUACAGACAAUUACGCAGUGGCGAAUAUUAGCUAUUAAUUUAAUAAUAAUCAGAUGACCUUAAUUAUAUUGCAUUUGGUAACACAAUAUUUGACACUUAUUAUCUUGGAUUUGAUUUUUAAAAUCACUCAGUUCAAAUAGUAGAAAAAGCCUAAAAACAAAAAACAUCAAACUUUAGAGGGUCUUAAAUAAUGUAAUGA